AAACAUAAAGCAGAUAUGAAAGCUGCUAGGGCUUAUCAGUUUCCUUACUGAUGGUGUAGCAGCUUCUGACAGCACAGAUAAGACUUGGUUUGCAACAACAGGCAUGACAAUAAUCUGACAAUGGAUUCAUUUAAUCCUUUUUUUGUGAAAAAUAACACAUUUAUCCAACCUGCCUAUUUUAUAAUAAGUGGAUUUAUUGGUUUACCAAACAUGAAGUAUUACUAUGUCUUUCUCUUUUUUGUGUUUAUAAUCUCAGUGCUUGCAAACGUGGCUGUAAUGGCUGUAAUCUGUCUGGAUCAUAACCUCAGAACUCCAAAGUAUGUUGCAGUUUUUAACCUUGCAUUUGUGGACCUUUUAGGUAGCUGUGCUCUGGUACCAAAGGUCCUUGAUAUCUUUUUGUUUAAUCAUUAUUAUGUCCCCUACAAUGACUGCUUGGCGUUUCUGUUCUUCUGCUACAUUUGCCUUUCAAUGCAGGCUCUUAAUCUGGUUGCUCUCUGCUACGAUCGCCUGAUGGCCAUCAUGUUUCCUCUGCACUACCAUGUAAAGGUUACUCAUAAGAUUAUGUUUUCCAUGCUUACCUUUUUUUGGCUUUUUGUAAUAACUUGUGUUUUAAUUGCAAUUGGCCUUCUUACAAGACUUUCCUUCUGCAAGUCUGUGGUUAUUAACAGCUAUUUUUGUGACCAUGGUCAAAUCUACAAGCUGGCAUGCAAUGACAAUUUUCCUAAUGUUGUGAUCUCACAAUUACUUCCAUUUCUGUUUCUUUGGAUGCCUCUUAUUAUAAUAUUUUCCAGUUACAUAUGUAUUGGGUAUACUUUAGCUCAGGUGGUUGCAGCUCAGGAAAGGGUGAAGGCUCUUAGAACCUGCACAGCUCAUCUCUCAUUGGUAGUUAUCUAUUUCUGUCCAAUAUUGAUCACGUUUACUAUGGGUUCUGGCAUCCAUCCAAAUGCCAGAAUCAUUAACUUGUCUUUGACCUCUGUUAUUCCUCCACUGUUAAACCCAGUCAUUUAUGUUUUGCAUACACAAGAAAUAAGAUUAUCAAUUAAAAGAAUACUAAAAGGUAGGAAUAAAGCUAAAAUUAUGGUGAAAUAAAUAUUUUAGGCCUGUUUUCUUUUUCAAACAACAGAAAUAUGUUGACAAAUAUCUUUUAUUUUUGCAUAAAAGAGGACAGAGAGGCUUGAUUUUAGCAUUUGUUCUGAAUUGUGUAAUCUUUUUAGCUCAGUUGUCUCUGAAUGCUAACUUCUGUUUUGAUAUUAAUAGCAAACAAUUUCUAGUUUCUUUCUAGUUCCUGACUGGAUUUCCUGUUAAAUCCCUCUUGUCUUUUAAUGUCUAUGCAAAGCAUUUCCUUAUAAAGUCAUAGUUCAAAAAAGAUUUGCUUAAAAUGAAAUACAGAUUUAUGAAAUAAUCUGGUGUUUUCCUCUAGAAGAAAAUCUCAUUUACUCUAAAUUUUAUAAAAUAAAAUACCAGAAUAAUGAAAUUGUCUUUGUUUGUUUACUGAACACAUUUACAGUAUUUCAUGUUGGAUUAACAUUAACAUCCAUGUUUUUAUGGUGU